UGUCCCUGCGUGUUCCUGUGGUGGUCGAGCGGGAGGGAGAGAGAGAGUAUCCUGAAGCAGCAGCAGCAGCUCAGCAAGGACUCAUGUUCCUGCUUAUCGAUUAACUGAUUGACCGAAUGGAUUGUUGACGUGAAUCUCGGAUAUUCUUCUUCCUGUUGGAGUUCACCUUUUUUAUUUUUUUGAAUAUUCUGUGCGGGCUCCGGGAGGCUGUACCUACCGGGUGUGUGUGGGGGGGGCAGCCAUGGGGUUCUACGGCACCUUGAAGCUCAUCUUCUACAAAAUGAAGAGGAAGUUGGAUCACGGUCCGGAUGGGCGGCCGUUCCCUUCCGGGAAGAAACACUGCAAAGGCAACGGAUACCUCAGUCCUUCCAAUCUAGUUCAAGCCACGCCCACCACAUUCGGCGACCUACGGCUAGCCAAUGGGCAUUCUGCUCAGCGGCGGCGUGUCACAUCAGGCCCGCCCCCAUCUGGCCUGCAGGACUGGCUUCAUAUCUUCCAGGCGUGGAGCGGCCCUGAGAGGCUAUUGGCUCUGGACGAGUUGAUCGACAGGUGUGAGACCAACCAGGUGAAGCACAUGAUGCAGGUGAUCGAGCCGCAGUUCCAGAGAGACUUCAUAUCGCUGCUGCCCAAAGAGUUGGCCCUGUAUGUGUUGACCUUCCUCGCUCCCAGAGACCUGCUGCAGGCUGCUCAGACCUGCAGGUACUGGAGGAUCCUGGCUGAAGACAACCUGCUGUGGAGGGAGAAGUGCCGUGAGGAAGGUGUGUCAGAUUGUGCGUCGUCCCGGCGCAGGAAGUGCGUGCGGCCAGGCGUGGCGGUCAGCCCGUGGAAAUCGGCCUACAUCCGACAGCACCGUAUAGAGAGCAACUGGAGGAAGGGCGACGAGCGAGAGCCGAUGGUGCUGAAAGGCCACGACGACCACGUGAUCACCUGUCUCCAGUUCAGUGGCGACCUGAUCGUCAGCGGCUCAGACGACAACACACUCAAAGUGUGGUCGGCCAUCACUGGGAAGUGUCUGCGGACGUUGACAGGUCACAGCGGCGGCGUGUGGUGCAGUCAGAUGGCGGUCGCCACGGUGAUCAGCGGCUCCACAGACCGGACGCUGCGUGUGUGGGACGCAGAGAGCGGCGAGUGUGUCCACACGCUGUACGGACACACGUCCACGGUGCGCUGCAUGCAUCUCCACGGCAACCGGGUAGUGUCGGGCUCUCGGGACACGACGCUGCGUGUUUGGGACGUGUCGACGGGUCGCUGCGAGCACGUGCUGACGGGUCACGUGGCGGCGGUGCGCUGCGUUCAGUACGACGGGCGCCGCGUGGUGUCCGGGGGAUACGACUACAUGGUGAAGGUGUGGGACCCCGAGACGGAGGCGUGUCUGCACACGCUGCAGGGACACACUAACAGAGUGUACUCGCUGCAGUUCGACGGAGCGUUUGUUGUGAGCGGCUCGUUGGACACUUCGAUCAGAGUCUGGGACGCAGAGACAGGUGGGUGCAUCCACACGCUGACGGGUCACCAGUCACUGACCAGCGGCAUGGAGCUGCGGGACAACAUCCUGGUCUCUGGAAACGCCGACUCCACUGUCCGGGUGUGGGACGUCAGGACGGGGCAGUGCAUCCACACGCUGCAAGGUCCCAAUAAGCACCAGUCAGCGGUGACGUGUCUCCAGUUCUGCAGAGGUCUGGUUCUGUCCAGCUCGGACGACGGGACGGUCAAACUCUGGGACCUGAAGACCGGAGCCUGGCUGAGGGACGUGGUGGCGCUGCAGAGCCGAGGAUCAGGGGGCGUGGUUUGGCGAAUCAGAGCGUCCGACACGAGGCUGGUGUGCGCGGCCGGCAGCAGGAACGGCACGGAGGAGACCAAACUGCUGGUUCUGGACUUUGACCUGGACGAGGGGAAGAAAGAGUCCGAGUGAAGCGGACAGCGUGAUGUCAUCAAAAGGGGACAGAAAAAUGUUCCCGCCAAGAGAACAAUGGGAGUUUUUUAAAAUGGACCAAAAGAGGUUGUUGAUUGGACGGUCCUCUAAUCGUCACAUAAACAGGAAUGGAUGUGAGACACGCCCUGAUGACAAAACAGUUCAAGGCUCAUAUGGACGCAGAACAAGAUGGCCGCCACAAUUCAGUUGGAAUGAUGUAAUCAAAAAGAAUCCUUCCAGCGGGGCGACGACUGAAUGUUUUUGGACUUUUUUUUAUGGACAGGAACGUGGAUGUAAAUUGUUUCUACGACAACAAAAGAAUGUUGACAAACAAACAAACAAACAAACAAACAAAC